AUGCCACCACUACCUGCUUGGCAACCAAAUUUUGGCUACGCAUCCCCAAUGCAAAGUAUGCCUAUGCCGAUGGGUCCAUCAUACCCGGGAAUGGGACCACCUAUAUAUUCUCAACCUUUUGAAUUCAACCCAGCCCAACAGAUGAUGGGAUCACAAGGAUAUUCUCAACCGCAAUUUGAUUUUAACCAACCUCAACAGAUGAUGGGGCCACCUAUGUAUUCUCAGCAAAAUUUUGGUAACUAUCAAUCAAAUAUAGAGCCAAUAUUCUUACCACGUUUUGAUGUACCUCCCGGUGGUGUACCAUCAAUGAUGGGAUCACCUCAUAUACAACCAAUGAUGGGAGCGCCUAGUAUGCCUCCAAUGAUGGGAGCGCCUUAUAUGCCUCCAAUGAUGGGGGCACCUAAUAUGCCUCCAAUGAUGGGGGCACCUAAUAUGCCUCCAAUGAUGGGAGCACCUUAUAUGCCUCCAAUGAUGGGAGCGCCUUAUAUGCCUCCAAUGAUGGGAGUGCCGCAGAUGAUGGGUGGGCAAUUCUGA